UCCCACCUUCCACUCGCUCUACCCCGGAGGCUGCAGCAACGCGGCGGAGGCGGGAGUGAUCUGCGAACGAAACCUCCACCAUGAGUCUCCUCAAUAAACCCAAGAGUGAGAUGACCCCAGAAGAGCUACAGAAGCGGGAGGAGGAGGAAUUCAACACGGGCCCCCUGUCGGUGCUCACACAGUCAGUCAAGAACAACACGCAGGUGCUCAUCAACUGUCGCAACAACAAGAAGCUCCUGGGACGGGUGAAGGCCUUCGAUAGGCAUUGCAACAUGGUGCUGGAGAAUGUGAAGGAGAUGUGGACGGAGGUCCCCAAGAGUGGCAAGGGCAAGAAGAAGUCCAAGCCUGUCAACAAGGACCGCUACAUUUCCAAGAUGUUCCUGCGCGGGGACUCAGUCAUUGUGGUGCUGCGGAACCCGCUCAUCGCCGGCAAAUAGAGCAGAGGCCUCUUCCCUCCAUGAGAGCCUGCUCCCCGCCCCGCCUGGUCCCGCCUGGUCCCGCCCAAUGGGAUGGAAAUAAAACCCUGCGAUUUUUGUUGUCUUGUU